AUGUCAACGUCGAAUAGGGAGUUGGAACCGGUAGUGUCAAAUGACGCUUCAGCUCAACUUGACACGACGCAGGCGAAUUUGGAAGGAAUGGGUGUAUCUGAUGCAGGCUCAAAAAAGGAGGUUGUGGCUAGGUUAGCAAGGGAAAGUAAAGCCCGGAUGGGGCCGGAAGGGGCUAUUGGUGAACCCGAGCCACCCGAAAAAGGAAAAAAUGUACAGCCACAGUUUCUUGGGAAUCAGGAUGAGAGUUUUUCGGAGGAGCUUGAUGCAUUUCAGAGUGCUAGUGACAGGCCGCAGCAGUUAAGGGCAGCGGUAGAAAAUUCUCCCGAUCCUUAUGGAAGGCAGGCGAUGUUUGGUUCAAACUUUGCACAUAUUGGAACCUUGGACAAAAAAGCCCCAAGUUGGAAUGCAGAUUUAGAUACCCUGAUGCUAGAGGAUGUGGAGCGGGCAUUACUAGACAAAGCCUUGUUGUCAGGGGAUUUAGCCUAUGUCCAGAGCUUAUGUCGUAAGAGUGGUGGACAAAGAUGGUUGGGGGUUGCAUCCAAGAUGGCUACUGCGGAUGCUUCGGAUCCAAUGUCUGAGCUUUUAGGAAGUAAGCGUGAAAGAGCUAGCUUAUCACCUCCGUUCUGA